AUGCAUGCCGCGCUAGCCAAGAUGAUUGGUACGGAGGAGCGAGCCAAGUCGUCGUCAUCCUCCCUCGGAAAGUUCUCAGCCUCAGUGGAGUGGACUGACGUUGCCAAGACGUUGGGGGCAUCCAAUCAGGUGCCAGCCGCCCUGUGCGUCAGACUGAACGGCUCAUCACCUGCGGAGCAACACGAUGGUUACAAGGUAGCCAGAGCCUAG